AUGACCUCUUGGCGGAGAGACCGGAUUGUUUUCGUCGAUCCGGACGACUCUUCCGUUCCUUUUUGGUGGCCGGCCUUGAGCUCGCAAUAUUUAAGGAUGCCAUGGGCGCAACGAUCCCAUCCUUGCAUCCCGGCCAGCAAUUGCUCCGUCGUUCGUGAUCGCGACCUCGUGGCAUUUUGCCCAACAGAAGAUCCAUUCCUUACAUAUUCACGAAUGCAGAAUGUGGGCAAAGCAAAGCGCGCCUUAAACCCAACCACAACUCCAGCAUCUCUGUUUUUGCAGGAUAGAGCCGUCCAGCUGGCAUUACAAUAUUGGGACACCGGGGUGGCCCCCUCGUAUUUCAAAUGGCUGCCGUUUGCAUAUUCGGACGCCAAACUGGAAGGGAAAAUUGCAAAGGGAAACUUUAAGGGCAAUGACGAUUCAAGUUUAUCCCAUUAA